ACAGGGGUCAUGGCCUUGCGCCGAGAAGGUCAAAAAAUUCUCUUCAGGUCAUUGGGCGUGCGAAUGGGUACAGGAAGGCUUGCGUGCUCGUGGUCGUCACGCAACAGACUGACUGCUGGAGGAUCGCACGCGCCAAGGUCCCCGACGGCCCUCGCGACUCCCCCCUUGCUGCCUCUUUCCUCCGCCGCCAUUCGGACAGUUCCCAAUGCCAAAUCGAAGGGCGUUGCCGCGGCCUUCUUGCUAGGAUCGAUGUUGCUUGGACACGCGUAUGAGGACUCCACUGCUCGCGCCGACGCUAAGCCCCUCCCUCCCAAGGGCUCCGCCCACGGAAAUGGCCUCGGCCGCUAUUUCGUCGCCGACGCAGUCGAGGCCGCCGCACCUGCUGUUGCCAAUAUCACGGUGAACAUUCGUUUCCACGCGGGGCGGUGGACCCCAACUUAUGCCACGCAAUCGGGAUCCGGCUUUGUCAUCAGCGAAGACGGCUUGGUCGUCACGAAUGCGCACGUGAUAGCCUCCAGCAUGGGGGGUGAUGAACCCGUCAUGAUCACCCUCACAGACGGACGGAAAUUUUCGGGGAAAGUCCACAGCAUCGACGCCCGAACGGACGUGGCCUUGCUGCAAGCCGACACCCAGGGCGCCAAGCUGCCAGUGGCUCGGAUCGGACAGAGCAGCAACCUGCGGCCGGGGGAAUGGGUAGUGGCUCUAGGCAGCCCGCAGGGCCUGGCGAACACCGUGACGGUCGGGAUCGUCAGCACGGUGGCCCGCUUGGGCUCGGAGCUGGGGCUCAUGCACACACGGGCGGAGUACAUACAGACAGACGCGGCCAUCAAUGCGGGAAAUUCCGGGGGGCCUUUGGUAAACCUGGACGGGGAGGUGGUGGGGAUCAACAGCAUGAAAUUGGAGUACUCCGACGGCAUCGGCUUUGCCAUUCCCAUCGACUCCGCCUUCCAAGUCGUCCAGCAGCUGAUCAAAUACAAGCGGGUCCGACGGCCCUACGUGGGCCUGUCCUUCCGCCUCGUGAACGUGGAAGGCGCCGAGGGAGAGCGGGCCGGGGAAAAAGAAUUGGGUAUGCUGGUGCUGGAGGUCAAGGCCGGGAGCCCCGCGGAGAAAGCCGGCCUUCAGGAAGGAGACGUGGUGAUUGAAAUCGACGGCUCGCGGGUGAAGGGCCUGGGGGAUGUCACGGAGAAGAUCGGAUUGGAACCGGAGAAGACCUUCACGGUGAAGGUUAUGAGGCAUGGGCAGCGAUAUCCCUUGAUGAUGAGCGUGACGAGCGUGGCCGAUGAAAGGAAGAGAUGAAGCCGGGAAAGGGGAAGUAAUAGAAGCUAGGUUGCGCAGUAGGACGGCAUGGGGAAAAAAAAACUGGUAUAGAUUCGUCCUGAGGAUGGGAAGCCAAAUUUA